UCUUGAUGGAGGGGGGUUACCACCCGCUCUGCCCCAGAUCACGUUUGCCACCCACAGCCAAACACUCUUGUCCAAGUCCGCGGGCAAGAGGCGAUUGGGGACGAGCGAGCUCGGCAUCUCAGGCCCAGUCCGGUCCCCACCGGCCCGAGGCGGAAUAUCCUGCCCGCCCCCAGGCCACCUCCCCUCGUGGAAUCGGAGCGGCGGCCUCGCAGGAAGGCAGAAGCGAAAUGUAGCGAGCCGGGUGUCGCGGUUGGACGCUCGCCUUGGCUGGGGGUGUAGCGGGGCACACGCGGGGGCUCGAGGAGGACGGCUGAGGGGGAGGAGUGAUGAGAAGAGGAGGUACCCUGCAUCCCCCGAUUCCGCGGGCCCCUGCUACCACUCUCCAGGCGCCCUUUCUCCCCAGCGAAGCGCAGGUGUUCCACACCGAUUCUUGUGACUUUAAGGACCAGGCAACCAAGAAAGUACAAGAUCUUCUCAAGAAGGGAAGACAUCUCUGGGAGAGAGGGGAAAGAUAGCAGAUACUGGGACCAGCUGAGCCCAGCCAAGGUGCUGUGAGACACUGAAGGCACCCAGCAGGAGUGGGAAGAAGCCCUGGCCUCAGACUGAGGCUUCAUUCUGAAUGAUCUGAACUUAUUCAGCUUUUCCCAAGAGAGGGCCGCAGCAUCAGGCACUCCAGACUCAGGUUGUGCUCUCCCCUUCUGCAUGCUCCUGCUCUGAGGAGCUGGCCACUGAGAACCAAAGAUUGCCCCUGGCACGGCACAGAGCUGCCAGGAGCAGGCACCCACCACCCCUAGAGGCAGCUGCUGCGUCUGGUGAGGACUUUGUUUCCUUCCAGUUCCGGGCCGCAUUGCUUGAUGGGGCUGUCUUUUAGUAGAUCAGUUUAUACAGUGCCCGGUAGGAGUGGAGAGCCGUGGGAAGAGGUCUUGCGGCAAUCAAGCCUGGGUUCACCCCAAGACUAAGUUCUUUCCCAAGUCAGAGUGGAAGAGAGAAAGAAAAAUAAAUAAAUUCUCCCCUCCUCUCCUCCCUGCCUGUCAUGUCCUCUAAGCCAGAGCCAAAGGACAUCCACGAGCCGAAUGGUACUGGCCCUACUCCUUCUCCUUGUUCUUCAGAUGGCCCUGGGCGAGAGCCCUUGGCUGGGACCUCAGAGUUCCUGGGGCCUGAUGGGGUGGAGGUGGUAGUGAUUGAGUCCCGAGCUAACGCCAAGGGAAUUCGGGAGGAGGACGCCCUGCUGGAGAACGGGAGCCAGAGUAACGAGAGUGACGAUGUCAGCACAGACCGGGGUCCCGCGCCACCCUCCCCGCUCAAGGAGACCUCCUUUUCCAUUGGACUGCAAGUGCUGUUCCCCUUCCUACUGGCAGGCUUUGGGACUGUGGCAGCUGGCAUGGUGCUGGACAUUGUGCAGCACUGGGAGGUAUUCCAGAAGGUGACAGAGGUCUUCAUCCUGGUGCCUGCACUGCUGGGGCUCAAAGGGAACUUGGAAAUGACCCUGGCGUCGAGGCUGUCCACUGCAGCCAACAUUGGACAAAUGGACACACCUAAGGAGCUCUGGCGGAUGAUCACGGGGAAUAUGGCCCUUAUCCAGGUACAGGCCACGGUGGUGGGCUUCCUGGCAUCCAUCGCAGCCGUCGUCUUUGGCUGGAUCCCUGACGGCCACUUUAGCAUCCCACACGCGUUCCUGCUAUGCGCCAGCAGUGUGGCUACAGCCUUCAUUGCCUCCUUGGUCUUGGGUAUGAUCAUGAUCGGAGUCAUCAUUGGGUCUCGGAAGAUCGGGAUCAACCCAGACAACGUGGCCACGCCCAUCGCCGCUAGCCUGGGCGACCUCAUCACCUUGGCACUCCUCUCAGGCAUCAGCUGGGGACUCUACCUGGAACUGAAGCACUGGCGAUACAUCUAUCCCCUGGUGUGUGCCUUCUUUGUGGCCCUGCUGCCUGUCUGGGUGGUGCUGGCCCGAAGAAGCCCAGCCACGAGGGAGGUGUUGUACUCAGGCUGGGAGCCUGUCAUCAUUGCUAUGGCCAUCAGCAGUGUGGGAGGCCUCAUCCUGGAUAAGACUGUCUCGGACCCCAACUUUGCAGGAAUGGCUGUCUUCACACCGGUGAUUAAUGGUGUCGGGGGCAAUCUGGUGGCUGUGCAGGCCAGCCGCAUCUCCACCUUCCUCCACAUGAACGGCAUGCCAGGGGAGAACUCUGAGCCAACUCCUCGACGCUGCCCCAGUCCGUGCACCACCUUCUUCAGCCCUGAUGUGAAUUCACGCUCAGCCCGGGUCCUCUUCCUCCUUGUGGUCCCAGGACACCUGGUGUUCCUCUACACCAUCAGCUGUAUGCAGGGCGGGCAUACCACCCUCACCCUAAUCUUCAUCAUCUUCUACAUGACAGCUGCACUGCUCCAGGUGCUGAUUCUCCUGUACAUCGCAGACUGGAUGGUGCACUGGAUGUGGGGCCGGGGCCUGGACCCCGACAACUUCUCCAUCCCAUACUUGACUGCUUUGGGGGACCUGCUUGGCACCGGACUCCUGGCACUCAGCUUCCAUGUGCUCUGGCUCAUUGGGGACAGAGACACAGAUGUUGGGGACUAGCUUAGCCAUUCAGCCUUUCCCCCACCCCUCUGCACUUUCUAUUUGGAUUUUUAUUUUCCUUUUGUUUCCCUACCCCAUCCUACACUACACUCCCUGCCUUUCUGGGAUUUCACUUUGAUACCAAAUUCUCAUUAUUUUCAAUGGGAAUUUUUAUACAUUGAGCCAAGUUUGGAUAGGAAGAAUUCGGGACGGACAGAUGGGCUGACAUAAGCAGUAAAAGCAGACUUUGAGACAAUCACCAAGUGCAAUUCCACGGUGGGUGCCUCCAGAGGAGGUUAGAUGGGGACCUUGGCAUCCUGUCCAGCAUCGGGGACCUUUGCAUUAGCUUUAGCAACCUCAGCCUCGGCCCUAAUGAGAAACUCUUAAGUGGGCUCCGGGUUGUUUAGGGUUUGGCUGAACAGAGGGAGGAGGGAUAAUUAGCACUCCACACAUGCACGUACUUUUAUAGAAGUGGACCAACACACAGCACCAGGCAGGGGAAAGUUGCUUCAGCUCCUCGUAAUCACAGGCCCGCCCGCCCGCAGAGUCAGGUGCACUGGGGAUUCCGUCUGCACACACGUGCCUUGCUCAACUGCCUGAUUGCUUCCCUGCUGAGUGAGUGGUGGCCUGGGCUCUUAAUGGCUCCAUGUCAUCCACAGGUUUCCAAAGGUCCACGUGCCCCCUGAGUCUAGAGAACCGAGUUCAAGCCUCCUCUCUUAAUUCUCUCCACACACUCCGCCGUCUCCAUGCAGCUUGCCAGAUGGGCUUCUAAGAUUGGGGAUAGAUAGGACAAGAGAAUGUGCCAAAUGACCUGGAGAUUGAUGCAACCCCAGGGGGUGUCUCACCGCUGUCUCUCAUGACAUAACCACACGGUCCGUCUUGGCCUCUGUCACUUCCUAAACACACUCAUUCUAUCACACCAGGGCUCUGUUGGCCUUUCUCUCGGCUUCUGCCCACGGGCAUGCAUCAACCAUUCACUCAUUCAGCAAAUCUCAGCCUCCCCAAGAUGAGCCUUUCCACAGCACCAGCCUGCAAUAAUUCUUCACUGAGCAGUCCUUACAGGGUGCAUACUGUGCUAAGUUCAGUGCCCGGCAUUAACCACCAGUGCUAAGGGAAUCACUGCUCUAACCUCACCUCACCCCUAGGCUACAGAGGCCAUUGUGCCUCUUCAACCUGGCAGUAAACGUUCCCUCGUUAGCCCCUAACUCUGCAGUGACUGCCAGCCCCAUUGCUUAAGCAGCAGCAUGUCCUCAAAUACCCUCCUCCCUCGGCUUCUCUCUUCUCCACAUCUUGCUACACACUCCGAAGAGGGCUUGGAAUCAACAAGCUGGAUAUCAAUAGGGCUGCUUCAGUAUCUGCCUUGUCCAUGAUUCGAAGACCACCAGAGCCCCUUCCCUACACAUGCCCCAAACUCUUCAACAAAUGGGGUGCAGGCUGUUCUUCUGGCCUGUUUGUCUGGAGCCCAUAAAUUCCUCCCUCUGUGUAGCCUAAAGGGUCAGCCUCCAAGAACAGGAUUAAGCAGUGCCCUGUGUCCACCAACACUGUGCCUAGACCUACAGGCCCUUCUCGGCCUCAUUUCCUCUGACAUCAGAACUGUAGAAUUGGCCGGAUUCAUAGAGAUUGUCUAGCUGGGGUUGUGUCAUGCAGAUCAAUGUGGAUCUGAGUUUGUUUCUGCUCUUCCCUCUGCCCUAACUCCAUCUCAAAACUCAAGACUCUAGUACAGGCAUCAUACCCUAAGAGUGUGACCUCAGGGUCCCCAGCCACUUGCUCUGUCCUGACAUCUGGAGUUGGAUCAGGCUGUCUGGAGACUGAAGCAUCCUUCUUCCUUUGCCUAGAAAACAGAAAGGUAGGGGCACCCAGGCUCCGCGCGCGUGUGAGUGGAGGGGCCUGGAGUGACAGGAGAGUGAAUUCAGGAGAAGAUCCACUUCUUCCCACCGGGUCACACCCUAUUGCAUGUACUUUUGGCCUGACUGGAAGAAACAAAAUUGGUUUACUUUCAUAUCCUUCAAAAGUUACAGAAUUGUGUCUUAAGAGAAUUAUUUAUAGUUACUAUAACUGAAUUGACAAAUGUCGACUUAACUGAUAAAUUAUAUUUGGUAAAAUAAAAUGGAAGUUUAUUUCAA